UUAGGUAUAUAACACAUGUGAACGAGGGGAUAGGCAAAGCCAAACAGAACAAAUCCCUAGCCACUCUUCACUACCAUCUCUCUCAUUCAUUUCUCUUUCCCUCACACACAAUGGCAGAUACCGGAGUAGUAACCGUCUACGGCAACGGCGCUCUUUAUGAAACCACAAAAAAAUCACCUUUCUCUGUCAAGGUAGGCCUUGCACAGAUGCUCCGAGGCGGCGUUAUAAUGGAUGUCGUAAACGCAGAACAAGCACGUAUAGCGGAAGAAGCAGGUGCCUGCGCUGUCAUGGCCUUGGAACGCGUCCCCGCCGACAUCCGGGCGCAAGGCGGCGUUGCUCGCAUGAGCGACCCUCAAUUAAUUAAAGAAAUCAAACAAGCAGUUACGAUUCCAGUGAUGGCCAAAGCACGGAUUGGGCAUUUCGUGGAGGCACAGAUAUUAGAAGCAGUCGGCAUUGAUUACAUCGAUGAAAGCGAAGUACUGACCGUAGCGGACGAAGAUAAUCAUAUAAACAAACAUAAUUUCCGGAUUCCAUUUGUUUGCGGGUGCAGGAACCUGGGAGAAGCCCUGCGAAGAAUCCGGGAAGGAGCGGCUAUGAUACGAACUAAAGGAGAGGCUGGGACUGGAAAUAUAAUAGAGGCGGUUAGGCAUGUGAGGUCUGUGAUGGGAGAUAUUAGAGUGUUGAGGAACAUGGAUGAUGACGAGGUUUUCACUUUUGCUAAGAAGAUUGCUGCUCCUUAUGACCUGGUUAUGCAGACCAAGCAGUUAGGAAGGCUUCCCGUCGUCCAAUUUGCUGCCGGUGGAGUGGCUACUCCUGCUGAUGCUGCUUUGAUGAUGCAGCUUGGUUGUGAUGGUGUGUUUGUUGGGUCUGGGGUGUUUAAGAGUGGUGAUCCUGCCAGGAGAGCUCGUGCUAUUGUUCAGGCUGUUACUCAUUAUACUGAUCCUCAUGUGCUUGCCGAGGUCAGUUGCGGUUUGGGUGAAGCCAUGGUUGGAAUUAAUCUUAAUGAUGUUAAGGUUGAAAGGUUGAUGGGCGUGCGAGCGAAGACCAGUUGCUUUGCUGUGUGUGCCCAGAUGGUAUGUCAUAAAAUAAUUUAAAGUUGGAUUGGAGGUUAUGAAAAAUGGAAAAGAAGAAUAAAAAGAGGCCAUCAGGGGAUUGGAUGCGAUUGCGUUAUGUAUUAGUUGGCCUCCAGUCCAAUCCAAUCCAAUGAAAGCAUAAAACCAAUAAAGUGAUUAAUGGGUACAAUUUAUGAAAUGUUUGGACAAUUCUUGAA